GAAUACAAAUAGUCGUACAUGUGCAACAUAGCAAAUGAUUACAUACGCAAACACAUAUCAGCGCGAUGUCUGCAGCUGCAUUAAAGUCAAUGUCAAUCUCAUCCGCAUCACGGCAGCUACAACUCCAAUUUAACCAGCAAAUAGAGCAACAGCCAAAGAUUGAAUUGGAUUCAUCGGCUAUGAUAGACGCUGAUGUUGUUGACACGAAUGCAAAUAAUCAAAAACGCGCCUAUGUAAAUGGAACUAUAGGCGCUACUAUCCCAGAUACUCCACAAGAACACACACAACACGAGGCUUGCGCAUGUGUGAGUCCUCCAUCCGAUGCGGCUAUAGUGUUGCGCGUCCCUGCGACGUUUUGUAACGCCAGCUUUUGCCCAAAUUCCGCUCAACUGCAUAUGCCGGUGCUUCUAUCGACCUAUGAACCGUUUCCAGCAGUCGUAGCUACUGUUGGACCGGAAAUGUUGGCGACAAAUCAGACCACAUGUCGCACUGACUGCUCGCUCUUAGCUUUGACCGUGGAGCCAACAGUUUUGCAGGAGAAAAAGUAUUUGGCAGACUAUCAACGCUGCUGGCCGCCGCCGUUGUUCAUUAUACUGGUGUCGCUUCUGGAGAUUGCCGUCUUCAUAUACGAUUACAUGACAGUCCAAUUGUCAGUGGCAGCGUUGGCGGUGGCAGUGACAGGGGCGCCACCAGAGGCCAGCACCAACAAGCUAUUCAUAUCGAGUGAAUCGUCGCUUAUCUAUCGGCCAGAUUGUCGUCUAGAGAUGUGGCGUUUCAUCUCGUACAUGUUGUUGCACGCGAAUUGGUUCCACCUGAGCUUCAAUGUUGUCAUACAGCUGGUGUACGGGCUGCCCUUGGAGCUGGUGCACGGUUCGGCGCGCGUUGCCAUCAUCUAUUUGGCUGGCGUAUUUGCCGGCUCGCUGGGCACCAGUGUCGUCGACUCGGAGGUGUAUUUAGUCGGAGCAAGUGGUGGCGUUUACGCGCUAUUGACCGCACAUUUAGCGAAUAUUCUGCUCAACUUCAGUCAAAUGCGUUAUGGCAUAACCCAGUUGUUGCGGGUCAUUGUAUUUGUUUCCUGUGACCUGGGCUAUGCAUUCUAUGCCAAAUAUUACAGCACCAAAAGCGUCGUAAAUAUGGAGGCCAAAGCACUACCAAGAGUUUCAUAUAUUGCACACCUGACUGGCGCGUUGGCGGGUUUCACAAUGGGUUUGCUGGUGUUGAAGAAUUUCGACAGUCCGAAAUCGGCGCAGUCGAAACUGUUGUGGUGGCUGGCAUUGGGCGUCUAUUCGGCAUUCACGAUAUUCGCGAUUGUGUUCAACCUCAUCAACACAGUUACUGCACAAAUACUCGAAGAGGAUGGUGAAGUGGUCACGCAACAUUUACUUCAUAAUUUGGGUAUUUCAUAAGUUCGAAAUAUAGCAUAUGCAGUUAGAUAAUUUGCGCGUUAUUUAAUAUUUAUUUAUUUAUAUAAGUAACUUGAAAGCAUACAACUUUAGCAAUUGCUGGGGAGAAUAGUUUUAGGUAUACGUAAUAUAAUAUUGCUCCCUAAUAGAUUCUUUUGUACUAAAUCGAAUGCGUUGUCAUCUUUGGAAGCUCUAUUUGUAUAGCGUAAGUUUCUACGAACAGUGGAUGAGUCUAUAAGUCGUAUGUGUAGGAAUGGCUCCCCUAAAAUCUGGUUCAGACCAAAAUUUAAUCUCGUCAAAAUAAAAUUAAUCUCUCCGUUAAUCUCGACUGU